AUGCCACCUUCCUCCUUGCAUCCCAAGGUUUACAUCCGAUUACUUUACGAUAUAGUCGUUUUCUUAUGCAGGCUUCCGUUCUGGCUGUUACAUCACAGUUUGGCUGCUUUACAACGUCGACAUCGAGAGAUUGAAAGGGAGUAUACCGCGAAAAGGGAGGUUCCUCGCUUUCCUCCUCGUCUUGUGACGUUGUCGGCAUCUGAAGACGAAACUUCUUACCAUAACUCGGCAAGCGACUCCGAGGACGAGCCCCUUGCUUUGAUACCGCCUUCCCCGACACAUUCAACUGCUCACUCACCCUCGAUACCACCACCACCAUACCACAGCUUAUCUUCACCACCUCAACACGGCCCAGUGUCACCACCUUCACCACUGGUUGCUGACGAAAAGCCAACACCACCACCCAUUACACCUGAACCAACAACCCCCACCAUGUCCUCCAAACACUUCGACCCCAACCCCCCCCACCUCCUCCUCACCUCCCUCCACUCCCAAACCCUCACCAACCCCUCCCUAGCCCUCGACUCCCAAAACAAAAUCCUUUACCUCCGCCCCUCCUCCAAAUCCUCCUCCCAACGCGUCCAUCUCGUCUCGGGCGGCGGCGCAGGCCAUGAACCCUCCUUCUCCGGCUUCGUCGGCACCGGCCUCUUAUCCGCCGCCGUAUCAGGCACAAUCUUUGCCUCCCCCUCCGCAGAGCAAAUCCGCACUUGCCUCUUCUCCCGCCUGCCCCCCAGUUCCGAAACCUUGGUAACUGUCAUGAAUUACACGGGCGAUGUCCUCAAUUUUGGGCUCGCUGUCGAGAAGGCCAAGGCUGCUGGGAAGAGAGUUGAGAUGGUGAUUGUGGGGGAUGAUGCCGCUGUGGGGAGGACAAAGGGUGGGAAGGUUGGGAGACGAGGAGUGGCGGGAACGGUCUUGGUGGUCAAGAUUGCGGGUGCGUUGGCGAAGAGGGGAUAUAAACUUGACGAGGUUGCAAAGGUGGCGAGGUUGGUGGCGGGGAAUUUGGUUAGUGUUGGGGCUAGUCUUGGGCGGGUCCAUGUACCGGGACGGGCGGUGAAUAAGGAGGAGGAGGGGGAGAAGUUGGGGGAGGAUGAGGUUGAGAUUGGGAUGGGGAUCCAUAAUGAGGCCGGGGUGGGGAGGGAGAAAAUGGAACUGAAGCGAUUGGUGGGAAAGAUGCUGCGGAUGAUGCUGGAUAGGAAUGACAAGGAGAGGGGUUUUGUGAAUGUCAAUUCGAAUGAGGUGGUUUUGUUGGUGAAUAACUUGGGUGGGGUGAGUGUACUGGAAUUGGGAGGGAUUGUGGCUGAGGUGGUGAAGCAGUUGGGUGAGGACUGGAAUAUCAAGCCGGUGAGGGUGUUGAGUGGGACAUAUAUGACGAGCUUGAAUGGGUUGGGGUUUAGUGUUAGUUUGUUGAAUGUGGUGAAUACGGAUAUCGGGGGACCGGGGAUGAUUGAGUUGUUGGAUGAUGAGUGUGAGGCUACAGGGUGGCCGGCGCAGAUAUCGAAGUUGACUUGGGAGGAGAGGAAUCAGGCUACGAGGGAGGAGGAUGCAUCGAAUGGGGAGGAGGUAGGCGAGAGUGGGUUGAGGGUCGAUGCGAAGGCUGCUCAGGAGGUGCUCACUCGGGGGUUGGAGGCGGUGGUUGCGGCGGAACCUGAUGUGACGCGGUAUGAUACUAUUGUUGGUGAUGGAGACUGCGGUAUUGGUCUCAAGAGGGGUGCUGAAGCCAUCUUGCGCCACCUCUCGAGCAAGCCCUUGACUGGCGACGUUGUGAUAGACCUUGCCAACAUCAUCCCAGUGGUCGAGAUGGAAAUGGACGGCACAUCUGGAGCCUUGUACGCCAUCUUUCUCAACGCUCUUGUUGCUGCUUUGAGAACAACAUCACAAAGCGAAAAGGAGGCAUCAGCCAAGGUUUGGGCUGCCGCACUUCGCCAAAGCUGUGAAGCUCUCUCAAAAUACACACCAGCUCGGCCUGGAGAUCGCACACUUGUGGAUGCUCUAUAUCCGUUUGUCAACACUCUUGAGGAGACAGGAGAUGUUAAGAAGGCGGCAGAGGCAGCAGUUGCUGGUGCUGAGGGCACCAAGGGGAUGAAGGCCAGUCUGGGAAGGACCGUCUACAUUGGCGGUUCUGGGUUUGAGGAAGUUCCUGACCCAGGUGCUUGGGGCUUGGCGAGCUUCUUCCAGGGCUUGGCUGGGAUCAAAAAGCUGGAGGAGGAUUCGAACGGGUGGGAGAAGCUUUGAAUUUCCAGGGACAUUGAGUGUAUGAAAUCAUCAUGAACAAUUGAUAAGAAGAAACUGUCC